CUCCCACACAUCCACCACACCUCACCAAGUAAAUAAUUAGAUCUAGCGGAUCUGGUUUUAUGUUUUUAUGUUCAAGCGAUAGUACAGUCUAGUCUCCGGAGAAUCUCAAGCAGGUGCAGAUCUGCUGCUGUAAGCUGAAGAAAAAGAGCUUUUGAGAGUUAGAUGGCAUCAGAGAUGGAUACCAGAGGGGAGAUGGACCUCUCAACCUAUUGCACAAUAAAGAGGGAGCCCAGACGCAACAGAAGGCCACCUGCCAUCUUAGAGUCACCAAAUAGAAGUGCUGCGGUGCUCACCAAGAGGUACUCAGGGAGCAGUGAUGACUUAUACGUGGGCACUAGAGUCUCCAUUGUGCCAGAGCCAGAAGCUUAUGCUAUACAGGUAACAAAAUCAGGGAACCCCACGGAGAUAGACCUUGACCUGGGUGUGGGGGGCCGAGGGGGCAUGGAUCAACUAGCCGUGGAAAAGCCGACCCUCAGCAACAAGGCGUGGAAGAGAUUCAGUGGGAAGCACAAGGGAAGGAUCAAGACUGAGAGUGGCGGGAGUGAAAUGCUUGAAGCCCUCAGGCUAGAAGCUACCCCCCUCCCCCUCAUGGGUGGCGACAGACUGCGGGUGAGCAAGUCGGCAAGCCCCGGCCCCAGAGAGACUCAGUCCAGUCCUCGUAGGACCAGGAAGGGACUAGCCAACGGUCUAGCCACUGUUACCAAGGUGGCUAUUCCAGUUAUCACUCGCACUGAGGUGGAGGAUAUGGACAAUGUGCAGAGACCCCCUUCCAAGUCUUUGUCCACGCGAGACAGCUCCUCGUCUCCGCCAGAAUCUACCGACAACUUCCUCCGUGAACCGACCAAUGGAACGAGCACCCGUCGUUCUGUACGCAGCAUCGACUCGGGACUGGGAGAUCUGGACCCAGGACACAGCGGGCGGGACUCGCUAGUCUCAGAGGGUGACGUGUUGUUUCAUAGUCAGUCGCUCACGAGCAGUCCUAUUGACAGACAGCCCAUGGCCUCGUCGCUGAGUCAGCAGCAGCUCCACGUAGGCCGAAAGAUGGUCAACCUCAAAGACGGAUUCAGUUCACUCAGAGCAGGUCCUAAACAACGCCGAGGCAACCAUCGCCAGUUGCUAGCCAACCGAAAGUCGAUGCUCCUGUCCGAGUUGUGUGUAGUAACUGUGUCCAUACCUGGCGAUGUGGCUCAGGGUCAGAAAGGUCGUGGCACUUCACUCAAGUUUCGUUUCUCACCCUACACUCUGAUCGAGUUUCUAAGAGUGGCCAUCCUCAAGCAAUUCCACGAGAGAUGUGACCUCCCGAUUCCUCAACUCUCAAAACUGCACUUGUUUCGAUACAUGGAGGAUGAGGAAGGAUGGGAGUGGCUGGAGGAGGACCAAACUUUGAAUCACUACAAACUACCUACAGAGUGCAAGCUAGAGCUGAAGACUUUGGAGCCUGCCUACAGAGAUGUGCGUGUUGUGAUACCUUCCCUCGAGGCGAGCAUGUCAGUGGAGUACGACCAGUUCAGUACUGUGGGGGACGUCCUGUGUCAAGUGCUCAGUUUGAGUGACCCUCCAAUGGACGCCUCUGAAGGAUACUCCCUCUAUCAUGUCAGGCUCAGAAUGCACCUGGACUCGUCUGACAGUAUGAUCUACUACCACAUCCUGCCUACUGACGUGCUCGAGUGUCGGUUGUCUGUUGGUCGGCUCCACUCAGUGAUCCUCACGGUCAAAAUACCUGUCAUUCAAAGCUCAAGGAAAGUUAAAGUGUCACUUGACGAAACAGUUGGAGAACUCAUCAGCACUCUGAAACGACGUAUCCCUGAUCCAGACAGCUCUCGCUGGGUCCACAUGGCUCUAUAUCUUCAAUCACGAGAAUCGGACGUCCAUGGACUUUGGAUGGAAGAUUACAAAUUCUUGGCUGCAUACAAGCUGAAAGCUACGGAUGUGUUGGAAUUUCGUCCAAAGUAUCGUCCAAUGGUGUUUGAGUUCAGAGUCUUCCCACACGAUCACUUUGGUAAUGAGGACAAAACCUACGGCACACUGGAGUUACUAGUGGCACAAGACACCCUGGUAUCAGAGGUCGUCGAUCUUCUCUGUCAUCAGAGGUCACUGGAGUAUGACCCUCGUUACUAUGGUCUCUACUUCCACGAUGAUACUGAGCUCCCAUUGGACUCUCAAAUGUGGACCUAUCUUGACUCACACUACCAAGGUGGCUAUCAGGACAGCCUAGUGUUGCACAUGGUUCACAAACCCAUCAAGGUCUCCUUCGACUCUGCUGAAGACAGUAGAACCACGGUUCAAGUGGACUUCAGUAAACCAGGCAGAGUAUUGAGAGACUACCUGGCCAGACGCUACGGCCUGAGGCACUCCUCACACUACGGGUUGCAGUAUGCAGGUAAAGGCAUAGAGCUGGACCUCUCUGUCUCUCUGCACAACCAAGGCAUUCUAGAGCAGGAACAUGUCUCACUCGUGUACCGUGGGGAGGAGGCCGCCAGUCCCAUCAGAAGGGGCGGCAAGAGGGUCUUUAAUCAGAGAGAAGAGAUUGACAGAAGAGAUUCUCUGAUACCAGCCAUACAAGACGACACCAAUGUGUGGGACGAGGGCCCAGACUCUGAAAAGAACUUGCGCUACAAUGUCAGCAAGCCAGGCACAGUGGCUGGGGCUACCUUCAACAAACUGGUGGAGAGAGUCACCUCCGAAAAAGAUCAUGACAUAGAAUUUGUGAAGACCUUCCUGUAUACGUAUCAGUCGUUUGCCACCCCUGACCGCCUCCUACGCAAGCUGUUAGAACGCUACAACGUAGUGAGGCCAGAAGGCAUGUCUCCUCAGGGCUUUGCCGUCAUGAAGCAGACCAUUCAGGCUCGUGUCAUCAACGCUCUCAAACUGUGGGUGGAGCUUAGUGUCGACUUCAAAGACAAUGUCCCGCUGCAAGAUGCCCUGCUCCAGUUUGUCAGUACUGUGUUGAUACUGGACCACCCUCGACUGUGUAAACCACUCAGAACCAACAUCAUGGUCAUCAAGGGAGUGAUUCAGAAGAAGAACUUGAAAAUGUUCCGUGACCCACCACCCCCAGUAAAGUUCCCAUCCGCUAAUUCGACAGGUUUACUCACAAUCUUUGACUUUGACCCAGAGGAAGUGGCCCGACAAAUGACCAUUAUUGACUUCACUCUCUUUGCCAAGAUCAAACCAUGUGAACUACUAAACCAGGCAUGGCAGAAGGCCAAGUACAAGCAUCGUGCAGCCAAUAUCCUGCGACUAGUAGACAGAAUCAACAACCUCACUCUGUGGGUGGCCACCACCAUACUCUCACAAAGGGAUGUCCAUGAAAGAGCAAAGAGAAUAUCAGACUUUGUCCAAAUAUCAUCUCACUUGCAAGGGAUGCAUAAUCUCUGCACUCUGAUGUCAUUGCUGAAUGGACUGGCCCAUCCUUCCAUCUCCAGACUCAAGAGGAGCUUCUCCAAGCUCGACAAAGCCACCACUAAGAGACUAGAGGUACUGCAGACUCUGGCCAGACCCGAGAAUAACUUCAAACUGCUCAGAGAUGAGCUGAAGAGAUCCAGCAAUCCUUGCAUUCCAUACCUUGGUCUGUACAUGUCUGAUCUGACUUUUGUGGACAAUGGCAAUGUUAAUUUCCACGACGACGGAUUGAUAAACUUCUCAAAGUGUAGGCUCAUCUACAAUCAAAUCAGAGACCUGGUACUAAGACAGGACCGACCGUACAACUUUGAGGAGGUGCCUGCCCUCCACGAGAAUUUGACACGAUUCCACUUCUUAGACACUGACGUUCUCUACGAUGUCUCCUUACAGAGGGAGCCAAGGGACAAGGGAAAGUGAUGAAAGAGACUCUGCCCAGUAACUGUUAGCAAAUGAGAUCACAGGCAGCCUUCUUUGGCAACAUUAAUUUAUCACCUAUUUCUCUAUUGUAACCUAAUCCACUGUGUGCAAGUUGUGAGAUAUGCACCACUCACUCAAUUCACUGCAUAAUUUCUAUGUUUUGUAUCUUGUUUAAACUUCGUGUGAAUAUGCACCCUCACCUGUGUGUCCUAUCCUAUUGAUACUGUUCAUUUUAAUUUCUAA